UAGUGUGAUAUACCAUUGGAAAGAUCGUCCAAAGUUAAGUUGAUUGGCAUAUAUCUGACACUUGUCAAUCAAUGUCACAAAUUGCUACAUUGUUGCAAUUAAGGUGCCCGUAUAUAUAAAAAGGCGGCAAUUCAGCAGAUUUUUGAAAACCAGGCAUCAGUAAUGCCAUUCAAGAAAAGUCUGUCAAGAUGGCAACAUAUGUAUCUGAUAGUGAGAUACAACAAUUUGUAGAUAGAGUAAGAUGUGUUGCAUACAGAGAGGCAAUGGACAGUGGUGCAGACUUUAUUUGUAAGAAAUGGAUAGCGAAGAAGAUUAAAAGAUCUGACAAGUUUGUUCAAAGAUGCUGGAAAAAGCCGUAUGAUGAACUUGUUACACAAUCAAGAUGUGGUGCUCCCGAAGUCCUUUCUCCUGCAUCAAAGGAAGUUAUAUGGGAUGGAUCAGCUAAAAAGAGAAAGAGUUGUACUGAAGUGGCCAGAGAUAUCAAGAUGAAGCGUGGCAAGGUGGUGUCAAGACAAUUGGUGCACAAUUAUCGUGUUCGCGAAGGCCUUAAGGCAUGGCACAUUAUUCCUAGACCAUUGAAGAAUGAAUCCCAAAAAGCAGAUCGCCUUUGGUUUAUUAACUUUUUGAGAGAUUGGGAUGAGGAUGACUUCCUCCAUUUGGCUCCUUCUGAUGAGUUUUUUGUGUAUACAAUAAGAAAGCCAAACCAUCAGAAUGACCGUGUAUGGGCUAAACGGCGUGAUGAUUGUAGUGAUUUGCUAGUGCGAGAACAGUUGGCAUGGCCCCAAUGCAUAGGGAUUUUCCUCUUAUUUACGGCAAAGAAGAUGAUGUGGAUUAUUAAAGAUGAUGGCUAG